ACUUCGUUGCCAUAGUUACAAGUCAAAACACUUGUAAGGACGUUGCGUCAGGUGGAGACGUCGUGUUCGUCCAGUUUCCGUUACUUGCUUAUCAGCAAGUGACUUGUUUUCUGUAAAUGUCAGCGGCGCCUGCUCAGCGUUUAUCGUUCGGCAGCGGUCAGGAACGGAGACUCGUUCCCCUCCAUCACAGCCCCGACCGGCUGGGAAACCAGUUGUCACGACAGAAUGCUCCGCAUCUCGGCCCUGGCUGCUAUGGCAACCACGAGUUUGGCACCAUCAUGUAUAACUUGGAGAAGAGACCAGGGAGUAAAAUGGGAUACGGUUUAUCAGCCAGGACCGCAGCUCGCUUCCCGUCCUGUAGAACCACUGUGACCCCUUCACCACAGCAGUACCAGCAGGAUCAGAGCCUGUCCAGAAUCCUCCCACCGAACCAAACACCUUUCAACUCAACCACACAAAGGUUCACAAGGUUGCCUCCAUCAGCGGAGACCGGUCCAGGUCCUGGGGCAUAUGCUCAUGAUGUAGAGACAAACAGAAAGGUGAGCUGGCCCAUGUGCUUUGGGAGCCCAGACUGGUCCCAACUGCCUCAGCUGGAGAAGAAGUCACUAAGGGUGAAGCUGAACAGCGAUAUCGAGUUCUUGAGGCACAGGAGAAGGACGGCCUACCUGAGUUUGUACUAUUAGACCGGUGGAUGAAAAUAAAAGCUGUCGAUCUCAGUUAAAAAAAAGAAA